CUAAAUUAUAGAGCGAAGGAUGGUCACUGUGGGGGUCCCGGACUCCUACCCACUACUCGUUGAAACAGUGACUCCCGCACGAGGAUACUCGUGAAAGAAUCACCUAUGUGAGAGAGAAGAGGGCCGCUUCAAAGGAGAUCUGUAAAGGCUCAGUUCUUUAGAAACUCUUGCAGAACCAGGACGGUGACCCAUUGCCAAAACGGGCACACUCAUGAGAACGGAACAAAGUUGGAAGGUUCUUGUGUAAAGAUAAGUCAAUGUUUACACGACGGCAGUAUAGUUCAAUGACAUCGAGUCUACUAGACAGCCAGUAAAUAAACGUGUCUUUAGAAUGGACGUGAUGUACUUAUAUUUUACACACUUUUUAGGCUUAGUUUGUUAUUAAUUUUAGUUAUUAAAAUUCUACUUUUGUACAUAUUUUUAUAAUUUGUCGUUAGUUUGUACUUGUGCAGUCCUACACGGGUAUUUUGUAUUUUCAGGUACUUUUGAUGCUAUUUGGAUACAUUAGAGUGAACAAAAGAAGAAAAAUAAAAGUUCAAGUUGGAGGUCAAUAAAAGUGGAAUUUCCUUCAAAACAAAUAAGGAGUAAAUUGAAGAAAAGAAUCAAAACUAAAAAUGAUGGAGGUGGGAUUCGAUCCCUGGAAAAAGGGUAGAAGAAUGCCUACUAUAACCAGUGUGGUAAGUGAUCAAUGCUGUACAUAUUCAGCUGGCAAUUGUUAUAUUCCUUCUGAACGCGGCAAAGAAAAGAACAAAAUGUUGAAGCCGAGAAUCGAUCCCACAAUCUCCGAGUUUUCCUCUGAAGUGCUUAUCCGUUGAGCUACCUGCCACUUUUGAAACUUUACUGCGCUUUGUUGUACAUAAACUCAUCUGUUCCGUAAAUUCCAGCAAUUAAUGAUUAAUCACCUUAUCAUUAUAUUGCCUUAAUCCAUCUUCCUCCACACAUAAGUUCGGACCAACCUCUCUCUAAACAUCCCAGAAACAUUUCCUCCUCCUUCUCUCUUCAUUUCUCAACCCCAAAUCAUCAACCCAUCUUCAACCAUAACUAAUCACUUUCUCAUCCAAGAUUAAGUCAAGAUUAGCAUCAAAGCUCCAAGGAUUGUCAUCUAUCACAAGUUUGAUCUUCCUUAUCUCAUUAAAUCUUGUAUUUUAAUCAUGGAUUCAUCUAUUUCUAUGUUUCCCAACAUGUAUAGCUAAAUAAAUUUGGGGCUAGAAAUUGGUUAAUUAAUUGUUCUUAUCAUGUUUUAAUUUGUAUUGAUUUUAAUUGUUAAGUUUGUUCUAUUUAGAUUGUUGUGUCCAGAAAAUUAAUUAUGUCGUGUUUGUGAUAUAUAUUAUGAGUACUCAAUCAUAAACAUAUUGUUUGUUAAAUACACAAAUGAACACUUUCUGAACACACCGUUAAACUUCUUUUACCUUGUCCCGGAUUGAAGUUUUACGGGAGAAUUUAAUUAUUUAAUUAUAUUAUUUACACCACGGGGUUGGGUAAAUAAUAUAGUUAAUAAUUAAGGUUGCCGUUGCACUUAAACAACUAGUCUCAUUUUGGCCAUCACUGGGAAAUGUUGACUAGUUACUUAUUUUAGGUGACUUGUGUUGGGUCCUAAAAUAUUUAUCUACAACUUCUCACAAUCUAUCUAAGAAUAAAAUUAGCAAUUAUGUCUUACAAAUGAGCAUUGAACAAUUAGUUGCCAAUUUCUACCCCUACUUGCUAUUGGUUGAACUUUGUGUUGAUAAAAAUCUCUUCUCUCAAUCACUUUUAUUUAAUUACUUUUCCAAGCAAACAAAAAUCAAAAGAAACGCAUUCCCAACUUCAAUCCUUAGUUUGUGCUUAAUUAUUUUAUUUCCCGCUUCUCUGUGGUUCGACACCCUACUUCCUUGGGUAAAAAAAUAGUUGUGUGCCCAUUAUAUGCUACACACCAACUUGGCGCCGUUGCCGGGGAAGCGGUUUUGAAAAAAAAAAUUGAGAGCAUAAACUUUCGAUUUUAGUUAUUGUAAAUUGUGUGUAUAUUAUUCUGUUGUUAUCUUUUUACCUUUGCAGGUUAAAAAAAAGUGAUUAAUUAAAGUUCAAAAAAAAAAUCAAAAAAAAAAUCAAAAAAAAAAAUGGACUGUGAUUAAUCAUCUUACCUGAGCAUUGGAGUUGGACUUGUUGACUGAACAUAUCUGGACAUUCAGACCAUUGAACAUAUUUUUACAUUUUAAUUAAAAGGAUACUCCGCCUAUAUGGUCGGACCGCUUACUUGUACAUUAUAAUUCAAAUGAUACUCCGCCUAUAUGGUCGGACCGUUUAUUUUUCUUUUUAUGGUGGUUCAAACCCCAACUUUUUAAUUUCUGCACUUUAAUUAUCGCAAUUUAAUUUGUGCACUUAUAUUAUCACAAUUUAAUUUCCGCACUUUAAUUUCAGCAUUUUUUUUAAAUUUUGCAUCCCCAAGCUUGUAGGCCGUGUCCACUUGUUGGUGGAGUGCACUUUUUAUUUUUAUUUUUAUUUUCUUAAUAAUCCCCAGACUGUCGGCAUAGCUGCAUCUUGGUGGAGACUGUAUUUAUUACUGUAGCUAUUUUUUUUUCUUCCCGCAAAUCACCAUAUCUGUCGGCCUAGCCGCAUCCUGGUGAAUUACUGUAUAUAUUCAUACUGCUUUAAGGGCUCACUAGUCUUAUUCGGUUUAUACCAAUUGACUACGUGCGAACCUUAAUUAAUUAAUUAAUUCUGCAUUUAUUUUUUCUUUUCAUCUCUCUCUCUCUCUCUCUCUCUCUCUCUCUCUCUCUCUCUCUCUCUCUCUUUCCCCAAUCCCAAUUCCCUUCUACUUAUGCUCACACGUUCACGUGGUGCGAAUUGUGAAUUGUUAUUCUUCUCUGACAUUGAAAAGCACAUACGUGAACAGAAAAAAAUAAAAAAAAUGUCAAACGAUAUUGUUGUUAAUGAGCAGGUACCCGAUCAACAAAUCGUGGAUCAGGUUAUGAGGACCAGAAAACCGCUGUAUGAUUAUGUUACGCCUCCCGUGGAUGAGCAUGACAGUGUUAUUCCACCAGAGGUUAACAUGAAUCACUUUGAAAUCAAGCCUGCUAUCAUUCAUAUGGUUUCAAAUACUCAAUUUGGCGGAGCGCCAACGGAGGAUCCAAAUAAUCACAUCACAAAGUUCCUUCGAGCUUGCAACACCUUCAAAAUCAAUGGUGUGCCAACUGAUUCUGUCAGACUACGCCUGUUCCCAUUCUCUCUACGGGAUCGAGCUCAGAUUUGGCUUGACUCUUUUCCGGAUAAUCACUUCUCCACUUGGGAUCAACUUCAUGGUGAAUUUCUCAAAAGAUUUUUCCCGCCAUCUAAAACGGCGAAAAUCCGAAGAAUGAUUCAAAAUUUCAAGCAAAAUCCCAAUGAGCCCCUCUACGAGGCUUGGGAAAGAUUCAAAGAUCUUCAGCGACAGUGUCCACAUCACAACAUCCAAAACUGGCACUUGAUGACGGCUUUCUAUGAAGGCCUACAUGAAAAUUCUCGGAUACUCGUGGACGCGUCAGCAAAUGGAUCAUUCAUGUGCCUGGAACUUGAAGAGGCAGAAGAAUUGAUGGAGUGUAUUUCAUCAAAUGGAUCAACAUGGUAUUCUGAGCGAUCAUCUGCUCCACCAAAAAUCGGAGGCAUGUAUGAAGUUGAUCAAAUGUCGGCCAUAACCACAAAGGUCGACAGCAUGAUGAAUCUUAUCCAAAAGAUGGCACAAGUCUCUCUUGUGAAAAACUCAACAUCAACUCCAGCUCCCAUUCCCGUUCUUAUGUGUGAAUCUUGCGGUGGACAACACAAUCAGUCUACUUGUCCAUGGGAAGCAAUGGAACAAGUUGACUAUGUCAACUACAACAGGCAGCCUCAACAAAAUCAAUUUGGUAAUUUCAAUCCUCAAGGAAGAAACCAUCCCGGUUUUUCCUGGAGCAAUCAAAAUGGAGCUGCUAAUCCACAACCAUCUUAUCGGAGUGCACCACCCGGUUUCCAAAACCAACAACAGCAAGUUAGAGGUGGCCAAGGUAUUGUGAACCAGCAACACUAUAAACCCACUCAAAAUCUUCUAUACCCUUCAACUCAACAGCAAAAACCACUUCUCCCCACUCCUGAAACAACCCAAACUCCUGUCCUAGAAAACAUUGUUGACCAACUUCUCAAGUCCCAAUUAUCUCAAGCUGAAACCCUGAAACAAAUCACCGAAGAACUUGGUCAACUUCGAGCUCACAACAAGAUGCUUGAGAAUCAAAUUGCUAUUCAAGCAUCCACAUCAUCAACUAAGGUAACAGGUAAGCUUCCUGCUUGUCCGGAAAACCCUAGGGAGCAAAUCAAUGUCGUCACUACUCGGAGUGGGAAACAACAUCAAUCCUUGCCCCUUUCUAGUGAUGAAAAAGAACAUGAAGUGUUGGAGGAAAGGGCCGAGCAACAACAGAAAAGUGGAAACAACAACAAUGAACUUGAUGUCGGUACCAUGCCAAAAUCAUCUGAUGAUCGUGAAGGGUCGAAGAAAGAAAGAGGCAGUUCGGUAAGGAAAUAUAUUCCCCCAGUUCCUUAUCCGAACAGGUUGAAGAAAUCUAAUAUGGAGGAGCGGAGAACUAAAUUUUUGAAUGUUAUCAAACAGUUGGAUAUCUCAAUUCCUUUGCUUGAUGCGAUUACAGAAAUUCCUUCAUAUGCUAAAUUUCUCAAAGAUAUUCUCACAAAGAAGAAGGAGAAUCCAGCCACUGUUGCAAUGAGCCAAGAAUGUAGUGCCAUAAUCCAAAACAAAAUUACACCCAAGUUACGUGAUCCUGGAAGCUUCUCAAUUCCAUGUAUCAUUGGUGGAUCUAAAGUUAACAAAGCUCUUUGUGAUCUUGGUGCAAGUGUUAGCUUAAUUCCCUAUUCACUAUGUCAAAAGCUACACUUGGGGGAUCCCAAACCAACAACAAUGGCGUUACAAUUGGCUGAUCGAUCUGUCAAAUACCCUAUCGGCAUUCUUGAAGAUGUUCCUGUCAAAAUUGACAAGUAUUAUAUCCCGAGAGACUUUGUUGUCUUGGAUAUGGAGGAAGAUGCUCGAGUUCCUGUUAUUCUCGGGAGACCCUUUCUAGCUACGGCAGGAGCAAUUAUCAAUGUAAAAAAGGGUACCCUUAUCCUUGAGAUUGGGGAUGAUAAGAUCGAAUUCAAUGUACAAGAGCUGAGUAAGGAUACACCUUGUAUCCUUGAUGGUUACUAUGCUGAUGUUAUAGACUCUUGUAUCAUAAGGACAUUUGAUAAGUCUUAUUGGCUUUCUAAAGAUCCCAUGGAGUACACUAUACGAGAAUCUAUUGCAGAUGAGCAAGCCAAUGAAAUGGUGAAUUUAUGUCUCGAAAUGUUGCAAAGCAUAUCUUUAC